AGUGAAGAUGAUGAUGAUCUGACUCACCUUGAACAAUGCACUGGAAACCUAAAGAUUGCUGAAGAUAAUUUGUGGAAGAAAGAUCUAGAAACUGAUGCAAAUACAACUACAUGUACAAUGCAGCAGCAAAGUGCAAAUCUUGAAAGUCUUAGUUCAUCUCAACUGUGCAAUACGUUUUCACCAAGCUGCAUUCCACACUUCACUCCCUUUUAUGUCAGUGUCAUUGAAGAUCCCGAAGCUAAAAUAGGCGCCACUCAGUUAACAAAACAUGAGAAAAAACUUUUGUCUGAAUACGAGCAGCGAGAAGGUAUUCACUUGGCAAAGAUGAUGGACAAUUAUGAAAAUCCCAAGGAAUGGGCAGGAGAGACAUAUGAAAGAACAGCUGUUAAACAUGGUGAUAGAGCAUUUCACAAGUUUAAUAAAAAACUGCAACUAUGUCCACAACAAUGCUUAAGGUAAGCUUUUGUUAGAGGAUUAUAAUUAUCAAGCACCAGAAACUCUUUGUAGCGGUGAUCAAAUACAAAGAGGAGAACUGGAUUGUAUUAGGCACCCAAGAGUAUUUUUGACAAGAGAAUAUCAUUGUAUUUCCAAACGUGUUAUGGUGUAUGUAAUUCGUCAAGUUCAAUGUAGAAUUAUUGUUGAAUCCCUGUUAAUUCUGUGUUUAUUUACAUUUUUGUGCUAGAUAUCAGUGGAAUGGCGCUCCUGUGUCUACGGUAACUGAAAACGUGUCAAAGCUCUUGGCAAACGUUCCCCGAUGUCAACAUUGUGCAGCAGAGCGAGUCUUUGAGUUACAGUUUAUGCCCGCGCUGAUUGGUAAUUUAAAAUGCGCAAAACGGUUGAAUUUAGCUCAUAAACCUGAUUCCCCUCACCAUGAAAAUCAAGAAGGACAAAUAUCACAAGAAAGCGAUCAAACUAAACUGGAAACUUUAGAAAACAAUGAAAUUUUUGCAGAUGAUCAAACCCACCAACAAGACCGAUGGAAGACGUUCAUGGCAGCUGUCAAUCAAACUCGUGACGUCACAAUCGAAUUUGGAACUGUAAUGGUGUUCACGUGCUCUCAGGGUUGCUGGAAAAAUGUAGAAAACAACGAAGAUAGCAGNUGAUGGACAAUUAUGAAAAUCCCAAGGAAUGGGCAGGAGAGACAUAUGAAAGAACAGCUGUUAAACAUGGUGAUAGAGCAUUUCACAAGUUUAAUAAAAAACUGCAACUAUGUCCACAACAAUGCUUAAGGUAAGCUUUUGUUAGAGGAUUAUAAUUAUCAAGCACCAGAAACUCUUUGUAGCGGUGAUCAAAUACAAAGAGGAGAACUGGAUUGUAUUAGGCACCCAAGAGUAUUUUUGACAAGAGAAUAUCAUUGUAUUUCCAAACGUGUUAUGGUGUAUGUAAUUCGUCAAGUUCAAUGUAGAAUUAUUGUUGAAUCCCUGUUAAUUCUGUGUUUAUUUACAUUUUUGUGCUAGAUAUCAGUGGAAUGGCGCUCCUGUGUCUACGGUAACUGAAAACGUGUCAAAGCUCUUGGCAAACGUUCCCCGAUGUCAACAUUGUGCAGCAGAGCGAGUCUUUGAGUUACAGUUUAUGCCCGCGCUGAUUGGUAAUUUAAAAUGCGCAAAACGGUUGAAUUUAGCUCAUAAACCUGAUUCCCCUCACCAUGAAAAUCAAGAAGGACAAAUAUCACAAGAAAGCGAUCAAACUAAACUGGAAACUUUAGAAAACAAUGAAAUUUUUGCAGAUGAUCAAACCCACCAACAAGACCGAUGGAAGACGUUCAUGGCAGCUGUCAAUCAAACUCGUGACGUCACAAUCGAAUUUGGAACUGUAAUGGUGUUCACGUGCUCUCAGGGUUGCUGGAAAAAUGUAGAAAACAACGAAGAUAGCAGAUACCUGGAAGAGUUUUGUUUGGUUGAAUGUGACCCGGAUGACCGCUUAUUUAAAUAA